UUGCGCGAGGAAGCAAAGGCCUUCUUCUCUCAGGAAUCGUUUCGAUCGCGUUUCGGCACAUAGAUCUUCGUACACUUUUCUUUACGCUCUCUUUCAGAUCCCACGGUCUUUCAAGAGGGUUUAAGAAUUCCAUCUUCGACACGCGUCACUUCACCUCUUUCAUAAUCACACCGCAAACAACAUUUGUCACCUCAUCCCUUCAGCCUCACAGGCAAUCUACCCACCACCCAACAUGGCAGACCAACUCAACAUGAAUGGCCUGAACCUCAACGGCGGACCCGGCGGCGCUGAACAGCGUUCCUACAUCCCUCCUCACAUGCGCGGAAAGGUUGGCGGACCAGCUCCUGCUGGGCCUCCACCUGCUAACGGCGGACCUCCUAUGAAUGGCGGAAUCAACGGCAGUGCUUGGGGCCCUGCUGCCAGAAACGGCUUCGCAGGUGACGCUCCUCGUCCUGGUGGAAACUGGGCCAGCGCUCCUGACUUCACCCCACGUGGCAACGGACCUGCUGGUGCUCCUCCUGCGGGUCGAGGCGCUGGAGGAUGGGACAACUACAAGGAACCUGCUGCAUUCAAUCGCAAUGCUUAUGGUAACCCUGCAGCCGGUGGUGGCAGUGGCGGCGGCUCUGCACCAGCUCGUGGUGGUGGAGAUGGACAAUGGCGCGAUGGCAAGCAUAUUGCAGGACCACCCAACCCUCGUCUUGAGCGUGAGCUCUUUGGCGUUGCCGAUGACCCAACCAAGCAACAAACUGGUAUCAACUUCGAGAAGUACGACGAUAUCCCAGUCGAAGCCUCUGGACACGACGUCCCCGAGCCAGUCCUGAAGUUCACCAACCCUCCCCUCGAUGAUCACCUCAUCAAGAACAUCGAGCUUGCUCACUACAAGGUCCCUACUCCAGUCCAGAAGUACUCCAUCCCGAUCGUUAUGGGUGGUCGUGACUUGAUGGCUUGUGCCCAAACCGGUUCCGGAAAGACUGGUGGAUUCUUGUUCCCUAUCCUUUCCCAGGCCUUCAUUAACGGUCCUUCGGCCCCACCAGCCGGUGCUGCAGGAAACUUCGGUCGCCAACGCAAGGCAUACCCAACCUCCUUGAUCCUCGCUCCUACUCGUGAGCUUGUAUCCCAGAUUUACGAUGAGUCCCGCAAGUUCGCCUACCGAUCAUGGGUCCGACCAUGUGUUGUCUACGGUGGUGCUGACAUUGGAUCUCAACUCCGUCAAAUCGAGCGAGGUUGUGAUCUUCUCGUGGCCACCCCAGGUCGUCUUGUCGAUCUUAUUGAGCGUGGCCGUAUCUCUCUCUGCAACAUCAAGUACUUGGUUCUCGAUGAGGCUGAUCGUAUGUUGGACAUGGGUUUCGAGCCUCAAAUUCGUCGUAUUGUUGAGGGCGAGGAUAUGCCAGGUGUUCAGAACCGUCAAACCCUCAUGUUCUCCGCCACCUUCCCCAGAGAUAUUCAGAUGCUUGCUAGAGAUUUCUUGAAGGAUUACGUCUUCUUGUCUGUUGGUCGUGUUGGUUCCACCUCUGAGAACAUCACCCAAAAGGUUGAAUACGUUGAGGAUAUGGACAAGCGAUCUGUUCUGUUGGAUAUUCUCCACACUCACGGUGCUGGUCUUACCCUGAUCUUCGUUGAGACUAAGCGUAUGGCCGACUCGCUGUCCGACUUCCUCAUCAACCAAAACUUCCCUGCUACGUCCAUUCACGGUGAUCGCACUCAACGUGAGCGUGAGCGUGCUCUCGAGAUGUUCCGCAACGGCCGAUGCCCAAUCCUCGUCGCUACUGCUGUCGCUGCUCGUGGUCUUGAUAUUCCCAAUGUCACCCAUGUCGUUAACUAUGACUUACCCACAGAUAUCGAUGACUACGUCCACCGAAUCGGUCGUACAGGUCGUGCUGGUAACACUGGUAUCUCCACCGCCUUCUUCAACCGUGGCAACCGUGGUGUCGUUCGUGAUCUCAUCGAUCUUCUGAAGGAGGCCAACCAAGAAGUCCCAGCCUUCCUCGAGAACAUUGCUCGUGAGGGCUCUGGAUUUGGGGGUGGUGGACGCGGUGGUGGACGCUCAGGUGGCCGAGGCCGUGGAGGUGGAGCCAACCGUGAUUUCCGCAAGUUUGGUGGUGGCGCUGGAGGUGGACCAGGAUACGGCGGUGGUGGAUUUGGCGGUGCCCCAGCUCCUUCUUAUGGCGGUGGCUUCGGUGGACCUCCCCCUCCUGCUGCCUAUGGCGGUGCUCCCUCUUACGGUGGUGGCUUUGGCGGUGGAAGCUAUGGCAACCCAUCCGGAGGCGGCAGCGGCCAAUCCUGGUGGUAAUUUUUCCUUACGCGACGCAUCUUUGUUCCUUUUCGACACAACUUCGGUACAUCUUAGACGGGACAAAGGCGUCUGACGGGUAUCCUUGCCGGGUACAUGCUUUGCUUCUUCUCAUUCUCAGUACUUUGUUCUCGCGUUUUCGAGUUGCAACCUUUCGAUUUUCUGGUGGCGGCAUUAUCUCGACCAAGCUGGCCUCUGUCCCUUGUAAAUGGGGCUGUCUUAACUCGGGAUUUUCGAC